AUGAUUAGCAAAAUAUUUAUUUUGUUAUUCUUCAUCUUUAUUGUGGUUGUUAAAACUGAAUUACCACCUGCUUCUUCAGUAAGAUUCAUCACUAUGACUAAAAACACAGUCGCUCAACCCUCAAACGUUCAAUCACUUCAUACUACAUCAGCGUUAAAUCAUGAAUUUAAUAGCCUACCUGGGAAUCCUGAUCCAGCUCAAGUCAAAGUUGUUUAUUACACAACAAUAAAACACACCGGCAUUAAAUCGAAACUUAUCACCAAUUCUACUACUGCCAACGCAAAUGAAAAUUCCGCUACAAAUAUGUUUAACCUUACUUCAAUUGUGGCAUGUAUAGCUGUUGCAAUGUUUGGGCUUGUUUGGAUUUAA